GGCACGCAGGAGUCAGAUCACGAUCCUCGGGCUAAAUAAAUACGCCAGAGCUGUGCCUUGGCCAAGCCACGUCGCAAACAAUAUCUCCCAGCUUCCCCAUCUUUACGUCGUUCCGUCUACCAGUACCAACUUACUUUUCGAAAGCCUUCUCUGCAACUUCAGACGACACCCCGACGAAAGCUAUCCCAUCAUGUCUGACGAACGAACUGUUUCUCAGGGCCAGUCUUCCAGCUCCGGCGGAAGGAACAGGAUGGUCGACUCUGUGCAAACCAAGGCCCAGGAAGUCCUGCAAGAGGACUACGACAAGGCGAGAGGUUUGGUCGCCGAUGCUGCCAAGAGCAAGGCCUACCUGUACCCCAUCAAGGGCAUCAUCUACUUCGCAACCCACCGAACGCUGUGGAAGCCCCUCCUGUCACGCAUCGGAUCCUACCUCCUCCUGUCUGCCGGUGUCGUCACUGGCAUGUUCGUCUUCACCUACGUGCCACAACUUGCGCUCCUCGUUUUCGUGAACGGCCCGCUAGCCGUCUUCACCACCGUCCUUUUGAUUCUGAACGAGAGUUCGGCGAUCAUCAACUUCCUCUCGCGAUCAUUCCUGCUCCAGGACGCGAUUCUGGACACAUUUGACGGCACUCUUCUUCUCAGAGACGAGGAUGGAAUUGUGAGGGAAGGCAGACAGCUCAGGCCCGGAUCUGACCCCAUGCAGAAGCUGGGCAAGGUUCUCAAGAGUCCCUUUGAGAAAUACAGCCCCAAGGCACUCAUCAGAUACCUCAUCUACCUGCCCUUGAACUUCAUUCCUGUCGUGGGAACCGUCAUCUUCAUCUCCCUCCAGGCUCGCAGCAGAGGUCAAGCCGUCCAUGGCCGUUACUUCCAACUCAAGAACUGGUCGUCUUCCAGAAGAGCCGACUGGCUGAAGAGACACGCCGGGCCUUACACAGCCUUCGGCCUAGUUGCAACCGCCCUUGAGAUGAUCCCUUUCGCUAGCGUUCUCUUCACAUUCACAAACGCAGUCGGCGCUGCUCUUUGGGCCGCCGAUAUCGAGGCCAAGGAUACUUCCAUGACGGAUAGCACCGCACCCACGCUUCGAGAGACGGCACAAAAAGCCGAGUAAACGACGGACGACUGCGUCUUGGAGUCAUACCUUUGAGUUUUACGGCGGGAUCGCCUUGGCACUAGGAGAUAUCGACCCCUCUUUUGACCGGAUCCUCGUGCCACAGCAUCUUGACAGCAGUGACGGAUCUAGUGCGACAAGGGCCAGGGCUUUCAGCUGAAGAGCACUCGUAACUCUUGGCGGAAAGGCGUUGUUCGACACGCUGAGCAAAGUCGGCGAAGCGUAAUUCUGGUAGCAGUCGACGGAGCAGUGCGUUUUGGCCCCGACGAACUUUGGAAGAAGGAACUUUUACCGUAAUAAUUAAUUUACGAAUUACAACUCUGCGCAUCACGAUAUCCUUGAUGUACCAC